CAUGUUUCUUAACUUGUUGCAAGCUAAUAAAUACUUCACAUGGAGUCUCCGUUGCCGGAAAAGUCAUCAGCGGAUCUGAAAAGGGCAAUCGACGGGUUAAUUCGUGGCCAGGAAUUUACACGACAAUUAAAAGAGAUAAUCAAGAAACCUCUUGCAACCAUUAUGGCUGAGGAUUUAGUUGGAAAAAUUAUGAAUUCAUUUUCUGAGACUCUUUCCGUCAUAAACUCCGGCGAGUCCGAUGAGGAUACCGCCGAAGUUAAGUCGCCGGAAGAUUCUAGUGGAAGUUGCAAGAGUACUACUACAUCAUUCAAAGAUCGAAGAGGAUGCUACAAGAGAAGGAAAACUUCAGAAACAAACACAAAAGAAUCCUCAGAUUUGGUGGAUGAUGGCCAUGCUUGGAGAAAAUAUGGACAAAAACAGAUCCUCCAUUCCACUUAUCCAAGGCACUAUUUUAGGUGCACCCAUAAAUAUGAUCAAAAUUGUCAAGCAACCAAACAGGUGCAGAAAAUUCAAGACAAUCCACCACUGUUCCGGACAACAUACUAUGGAAAUCACACAUGCAAACCUUUCCCUAGAGUUUCUCAAAUAAUUUUGGAUACUCCUAUUCAUGGCGAUUCCUCUAUUCUACUUAGUUUUGAUCGUAACAACAACAAUAAUAACUACUCUUCAAUCCAAAACGUUAAUUAUAAUUACCAGCCUUAUAAUAUUCCUACAUUUCCCUCAAUAAAACAGGAAACCAAAGAGGAAGUAUUCCAAAGAUCAUGUACUUUCUAUCCAAAAAUAGAAGAUCAAAACCAAUCAUCAAACUCUGAUAAUUUUCUACUAGCCAAUGAUGAUCAUCUGAGUACUCUUACAGUAUUUGAAGCCUCCGACGGCCAUAUGGCGGCGACAUUAUCGCCGGAUGUCAUAUCAUCUGGGGUCUAUUCUUCUUGUACGACUAGUACAGAUAAUCUUGAGAUUGAUUUUGAUUUUGAGGAGAGUCUUUGGAAUUUUGAAGGGUACAAUUCUUGAGUAGUUAAUAUUUGAGGGUGAAAUAGCUUGAUAGAGAUGUUGUAUAAAUUUUGUAUUAUGUUGACGUAGAGAUUGCAGCAAAUUAAAGCACUAUGUGCUUUGGUAUAAAAGUAUAAAUUUGACUUCGACAUUUUA